GAGGAGAACAGGGUUCUGCUGGGUUCUGCUGGUUCUCACAGGAGUUGGGGAAGUUGUCGCAGUGGAUCCAUCCAGCGCGCAGCCCGGAUUACAGGCCCCUGGGCCCCUGUGGUGAAGAUGGACAGGAUGAAGAUAAUCAAGCGGAGGCUGUCCAUGUCUCUACGCAGCGCUCGGCCCGUCGACGACUCUCUGUCGGAGCUGGCUGAACAGAUGGCCUUGGACGAGCCGUCUGCAGCGAGGGACAACGGUGAGACACACACAGGUAUCGUCCAUGAGAAUGUGAAGAUGGGUUCAGACGGGGAGAGCGACCAGGCAUCCGGGACGUCCUCUGAUGAGGUCCAGAGUCCAGUCAGGGUCCGAAUGAGGAACAACCACCAUCGGCGCAUCUCUAAUGAGGACAUCAACAAACGUCUGUCUCUCCCCGCUGAUAUCCGGCUACCGGAGGGCUACUUGGAGAAGUUUGCCAUGAACAGCCCGCCCUUUGACAAACCCAUGAGCCGCAGGCUACGGCGCGCCUCCUUGUCUGAAAUCGGCUUUGGGAAACUUGAGACCUACAUCAAACUGGACAAACUAGGAGAGGGGACGUAUGCGACGGUGUUUAAGGGGCGGAGCAAGUUAACGGACAACCUGGUGGCUCUGAAAGAGAUCCGGCUGGAGCACGAGGAGGGGGCGCCCUGCACCGCCAUCAGAGAAGUGUCCCUACUGAAAGACCUGAAGCACGCCAACAUCGUCACCCUGCACGACAUCAUCCACACGGACAAGUGCCUCACUCUGGUGUUCGAGUACCUGGAGAAAGACCUGAAGCAGUACAUGGAUGACUGUGGGAGCAUCAUGAGCGUUCACAAUGUGAAGAUCUUCUUGUUCCAGCUGUUGCGAGGUCUGGCGUACUGCCACAAAAGGAAGGUUCUCCACAGAGACCUGAAGCCCCAGAACCUGCUCAUCAACGAGAAGGGAGAGCUCAAACUGGCAGACUUCGGUUUGGCUCGAGCCAAGUCUGUUCCUACGAAGACGUACUCCAACGAGGUGGUGACAUUAUGGUACCGACCGCCGGACGUCCUGCUGGGCUCCACCGAGUACUCCACCCCCAUCGACAUGUGGGGAGUUGGCUGCAUCUUUUAUGAAAUGAUCACCGGCAGACCUCUCUUCCCCGGAUCGACUGUGGAGGACGAGCUUCACCUCAUAUUCCGCAUCCUCGGUACUCCCACAGAAGAGUCUUGGCCCGGCAUCACCACCAGUGAAGAGUUUAAGACGUACAAUUUCCCCCGAUAUCGCGCAGAGCCGCUGGUCAACCACGCGCCCAGGAUAGACAACGACGGACACGACCUGCUCUCAGUGCUUCUACAGUUUGAGGCCAAGAAGCGAGUCUCGGCUGAAGAAGCUCUCACUCACGCGUACUUCAAAUGUUUCGGGGAGCAGGUUCAGACGCUGGCCGACACCGCAUCCAUCUUCUCUGUAAAAGGCAUUCAGCUCCAGAAAGAUCCAGGGAAGAGAUCCUCGGUCCACCCAGAGUCAACCCAGGGGAAGAGCAGGAGGCAGAGUGUUUUGUUUUAGUGCUGGCGGCGGCGGCGCUGAUGUGAGGACGACACGGACACGUCCAUCCGUCCUGUCAGACAAACAUCCACUGACCCUGCCACACACACACUGAAGGAGCGACACACACACACACACACACACACACACACACACACACACACACACACACACACACACACACACACACACGUAGAGCAACAUGGAAACAACAAAAACACAGAAUUUAGGUUGAACCGUUUGUACUUGACAAAAACCCCUCAGACUCGACCCUAAAGACAGAAAAGAUAAAGAAAAGAGCGGCGAUGCUGGAAGAAAAGUGGGAGAGUUCAGGAUUCUCCUUGCUGCUACGACCGCUGCCGUCCACAGGAGGGCGGCACUGAGGACUUUUAGAACAGAACUUGCUGCAUCAGCGAGCUGUGAGGAAGACGAAGACGAGAUUCAAAAGGCAGAACUGUCACUUUCUCUUGAGCUUUUUCCUUUUUUUGUGUUGGGACUGUUGUUGUACAUAAAGAGGCUGAGCUGCAGAACUCUGCUUCUUCUGAAUAUUGCACCGGAACCUGGAACCUGGAACCCAGAACCCUCGGCUCAGUGUUUGUGUUUAAAAGCAACACAAACACUUUCUCUCUCUCUUUCUCUCUCGUGCUCUGUCUCUCUCUCCCCUACCUACCUUAUAUACACUAACACAGAGUGAGAUAAACUUUAGCACCUUAUUGUCCGGUAGAGUUCAGAGUGGCGUCGUUCCGUUACCUCAUCGGUCACUCACGCAGACAGGAAGUAGAGAACCUGCCAGAUGUGAAGAAGAAUCAGAACCACAAACCAAAAAAACAACAACUCACGAACCAUAAAGGACGGAUGUUUGUACACUCUUAGAAAUAAAGGUGCCAACUAGAACGACAAAAGGUUCUCCGGCUUGUCCUCAUUGGAGAACCCUUUUUGGUAAAGGUUCCACCGGGAAAGGAUCAUAUGUAGAACCUUCUGUGAAAGGUUCCAUCCAGAACCCCCAGAGAAGAGGUUCUACAGAGAACCAUUCUACGGAAAACCCAGGACACUCUGGAAGUUCUAUCCUGACCAUUUCCCUCUUUCUAAGGGUGCUAACAAGAACCCACCCAGGGGGUUCUAUUAAUACCCUUUUAUAUUACACGGGUUUCCUCAAUAAUCAAUCAGGGUGUUCUACAGAGAACUCUUUUAUAUUUCAAGGGUUUCAUGUUGUUUAACAGAGGACCCUUUUGUAUUUCGAGGGUUCCAUAUGGAACCCAUCCAGGGGGUUCUCCCAAGAACCCUUUUAAAUUCCAAGGGUUCCAUCUAGAACUUACGAAGGGGGUUUCAAUGUUUGGAGGGGUGGUUCUGGAUUGUGGGCGUUCUCUUUUAACAGCAAUGCUUUCAACAAUCCUUGAACAACUCUUUUUCCAAAAAGGGUUCUUUGGAUGAAAAGGGUUCUUAAUGGAACCCUGGCAUUGUAUUUGAAACUAAGCGGUCUUUGUUCACGGAGUAUUGUUUAACGGUCCAACUAAUAAUUCAGGGAGGAGAACCACCAUUUUUUAUAUUUUCAACAUAUAUUCAGUAUUUUAUUUCAGUCGUGUAAUAUUUCCCAAAACCGGUAUCCGCGUAAGUUUUUACGUUACCAUGGUAACAUACAGAGGAAGUGAGGUCUGUGCUGGUGAUGUUCUCGAGGGAAGUUCCCUUAACUCACAGUCCCUUAAUGGGUGAACCUCAGCGCUUCGGGAAGAACCCGUUUGGAGCUUUUAUUUCUAAGAGUGUACCUUCACCAAUGAAAAAAACCAAUAAAAACAAUCACUUGCUGUGAAGAACACAGUAACAGGAGGACAAACUGAGGACAGAGAAGUAAAGGAAGUGUACAAACCCUCACAUUAUUCUUAGAGAACCCGUUUUCCUCUUUUGCCUCGACUCAGAAGUCCUGAUUUGUUGCGUGACGUGUUGAUGUUGAAAACGUUCUCUUUGCACCUGAUUUUUCUAAAGUAGACCAUCUGACAACCCUGAACCUCUCCCACCCGACUCCACUUGCAUUUAACUUUUAUUUUUCUUAAAUCUGUAUAUACGAUCACACGUUUUACUCGUUAAGAAGCAAUGAUAAUUCCAGGAUGCUGUUCUCAGUCUGUUCUGUGUUCCCAGCGGAACAUUGUGGGAACGACUGGCUGAGGACGUGUUGCACAUUCCUUGAGCUCAGGACUUAUUGCUUGUGUCGUUUAGUGGUUUGCUGUGAGCUUCGUGCUGGUCUCGUCUGUCUCCCCAGUAGAGCAGAGGACCACCAUCAUGGCCCUGAAACCAUUUUUGCAAAGCUGGUUAUAUAAAAAAAAACUGUAUGUGAAGGAGAAGAGUCAUUUCUCAGCGUCAACCUGUCGUCUGUCGUUCACACUCUGUUCAUUUGGCAAUAAUCUUGCUGUUCAACGUUAUCCAUUGUCUUUACUUGUCAUCUUCUUCAAGCAUGUUUUGUGUAUUGAACUCAGUUGGUUUGUGAAAUAGCUGCUGCUGGAAGAGGAAUACCUCCAGUUGGUUUAACCUGUGCAUGAGACAUGACUGUAGUACAUUUCCUUUUUACACCAAACGUCACAUUAACCUUCAAUGAGUCGGGACCUAGAAAUUAAAUAAAAGUUUAACGGACAUUCUAAUUUUAAACACUUAGCGGGAUGGACAUUUAGAAGGCCGUUCUACCUAGCUGAUAGCUGGCUAGUUGUCUAGCUUGCUAAUUCCACCAUGCUUUCAUGCUACACUGGUUACAGAUAUGGAACUGAACAGUGGGCUGGUGGCCAGUGGCAGUCUAGAGGUCAGAGAAGGACAAGCUACCCACCAGAUAUUUGGCUAGUUGUCUAGCUGGCUAAUUCCACCAUGCUUUACUGCUACACUGGUUAUAGAAAAUGAGCCAAACGGCGGGCUGGUGGCCAGCAGCAGUGCCGGGUCUAAUGGUCCUUCUGCCUCACUUCCCACCACUCCUUACAAAGACGCUAACUAGCCCGCUGUCUGGAGCUCCGUCCGUUCUCUUCCUUGUGAGCUACGUUAACGACAAUCGCCAAUCGCCAGUUUAAUGGCCACUAAACUCACUUCAAUGUCCGUUCAGCUCCUAUUGUAUUUCUAUGCUCCUUUGACUGUACUCUUAAAUAAGGUGAAAGCAAUGACAACACAGUAUUUAGCAACAAUAGCAUGUGCUGCCAGCAUCGGGACCAGAGAGUUUGUAGGACCAAUCAGACUCGACUUCCAGGCGUGUAGCUCAGUAGCAACUGUAAACCUAACAUCGCUGAGUAUUUACCUGGACUUGAAGCCCUCAGACACACUGUUGUUUCCUGCUGAUAUUGAUACCAGAAACAACAGGACUUGAAAAGUCAAUCCUCCAAGCACCAGGUGUUCAAGCACACAACUGUUUCACACACCAAUCAGUUGCCAUGUCAACGUGUACUGUACCUUAGGAGAUGGCCUGUGAGUGUAGAUUGGUGUUUCCUGUUCCUCAGGCCGUAACGGACUCACAAAGGGUGAAGCGAUCCUCGUCAUGGCCCGUCAGAAGGACUACUUAUUCACCCAGAGUGUGACACAGUAUGUAGCAUGUACAUAGAUGAUCCCUCACUCUGUAUAUAUAAAACGUGUACAGGUUUGAUACAGCUAUUCAAACACUCUGGCUUUUUAUUUUUUGCUUUUCCUUAAUGAAAGUCAUAGCAAUAUUUCUGUAAUCAAUAAAAGAAGCCAAGGUGAUAGGAUGAGUUUGAUUGUGUUUCUUUAGAGAGGGAGAAGUGACUGUGAAUGAUCAAACUGUGAGACUUGACUAAAGUGAUGACAGGUUGUUGUUGUAGUUUUUUUCUCCUUGCUGUUUUAACAUGCUAGAUCCAAAAGGCUGGAGUGAAGUAAAUGAGUUGUAAAUGAGUAUAACACACUGAUUAUUUUUUAUCAAUGAAAGCCAUAAAGGUCAUACAAAGGUGACAGAGGUCUGUUUGUGUUGGAGGGGUGCACCAUGUUUGAGCGCAGACCUUUUAAGAAGUAAUAUGGGAUGUGAACACCUAAUAAAACAAAUAA